AUGGCCCCGGAGCUCUCAUCAAACUGGAAGAAACUUCAGGCCAAGAUCAAGGCGGAGUCCGCGCCAACCACGGCAGCCACACCUGCCUCGAAGCGAAAGGCGAGCGACAGCCAGAGCGGCCCCGGUCCUCGGGAUCUUCACCCGUCAAAGAGACAGAAGCAGCCGCUCAAGCCAGGCCGCUCAGAAAGACCCGCGCCCCGGAAACCCAGCAGCAGCUUUAAGCAGGCGCACCCAGCGACGUCCAUGGGCAACACGCAGAGCUCCAAGAUCGAUGCCGUGACCAAAGCGGGCGUGUCGCCGUCUCUUGCGCUAUGGGCAGCGAACAACGACAUCUCAGCCGAGGACAUGGCCGAGGCGUACGGGCUAGGCCUGCGCGGCAAUGCGAUGCUGGAGAAGACGGCGCCGGCGCGCCCUAACGAGGGGCUGGCCCCGGGCGUCGAGGUGGGCAAGUACAUUGCGGUCGACUGCGAGAUGGUAGGCAUUGGCGAGGGGGGUCACGACGACGCGCUGGCGCGAGUGAGUCUGGUCGACUUCCACGGGCGGCAGGUGUACGACUCGUUUGUGCGGCCGCAGGAGCCCGUCGUAGACUGGCGGACACACGUGAGCGGGGUGAGCCCCAAGAACAUGGCCACGGCGCGGAGCUUCAAGGAGGUGCAGGCACAGGUCGCCGAGCUCCUCCACGACAGGAUCCUGGUGGGACACGACGUGAAGCACGACCUCAAGGUGCUCCUGCUAGACCACCCGCCCAAGCACACACGAGACACGGCCAAGUUCUCGGCCUUCAGGAAGUACGGACAUGGGCCGAAGCCGGCGCUCAAGGUCCUGGCGCAGGAGCUGUUGGGGGUGGAGAUCCAGAGCGGACAGCACUCGAGCAUUGAAGACGCACGAGUCACCAUGCUUCUCUUCAGAAAGCACAAGCAGGCCUUUGAUGUCGAGCACGCCAGUCGCUAUCCCGACACAGCCGUGCAGAAAUUCAGAAACGGCAAGUCUCAGCCUAAGAAAUUCAAGGACAAAAAAUGA